CCACUACACUUUAUAAUAUUAUAAAACAUUGUAUUUACACCCAGAAUACAUUACUGAGGAAUAUAAAGGUGGUGUUACAAAAUGGGUGCCAUCAAGUCAACUAGCUUGAAGAAGCACUUAGCCAAGAAGAUGAGGCAGAAUCGCCCACUUCCACAUUGGUUUAGGCUGAAGACCGACACUAAGAUUCGCUACAACGCCAAGAGAAGGUUCUGGAGGCGUACUAAGCUGAAGGUUUAAUAUUUCAGCUCUACCUAUCGAAAUCGGGAUAUUCGGCUGCCGGAAUGGCUAACAAUGAUGUCGUAAUUUCCUUUAUGUUC